UUUGUUCAUUAUCCAAGCUGAGAUAGUUUGAGUAAUUUGGAGUUUUAAUUUUGAACUCGAGUUUGAGUUUAAGUUUUGAGCUAUUUACAUAUGUUAACAAUAAUCAAGUUUAAUUGAAUCAUAUCAAAUUAUAGUUCAAUUAUUUUUUAAGUCGAGCUUGAACACAAAAAUAUAAAACUCGAUGGAGCUGAAUUCGAGCUUAGAGUUUCUAAUUGAGCCGAGCUGGAUUCGAUUUACACCGUACAGUAAUGGUACUUGAAUCAGUUCUAUGCCAGAUAUAUUUAUGGAUCAGAGAUCGUUUCAAGUUGCUAAGGUCCAGGGACCUCUCUAUGUUGCGCCUUAACUCGAUAUGACUUCCGCCUUUCAGAAAGCAAAUCCGAAUCUGAUCUUCGCGUAUUUGAUUGCAAUUCUAAAUGGACAUGGACAAACAAUGCCCCAAAAACGCUGCUGAAUAAUCCAUAAAACGACAACUUUAAAGUCAGAUGCUGCCUUAGUAUUUGCCAUGACCGUACGGCCACGUGAAGGCUCCAUUCUAAAAACAUUAGGAUGCCAUGCAAUGGCUUCGCUACAGUCCUGACUGCCAACUCAAAGCCCCAUCAGACAAGAUUUUCUUUCUUGUCCCACCCAACAUUACUCAGCGAUUAACUAGCCUUGACACGUUACAGUGACACCCGUCUUCAUGCAUGCUCUUACGGUCUUAUUUGCCACUAUCUUCCUCCUCCGUGCGCAUCGUGCGAUAUAUAUGUAUAAUCCAAUGUUCAUCUUCUCUCUGCAUCAAGUGGGAUUUAAAAAAUGGCUGCCAAAGCAAAGCUUUCUUUAAUUCUUGUUUUGAUCCUGUCUGUUUUGGUUCUGUAUGCUGGCUUAGGCGUAGCUAAGCAAGACCCUGAACAAAAACAAUGCAGGCACCAGUGCAGGGUCCAGCAACAAUACAGCGAGGAAGAGAAGGAAGAAUGUGGGAGGAAAUGUGAAGAUUAUCACAGAGAGAAGAAGGCAUGUGAAGUAUCACAGAGAGAAGAAGGAGGUGGCCAUGAGCGUGAUGAAUAUUGGAGCGUGGUAAAUCCGUAUCAGAGUCUGGGAGAGUGCCAGAGGCAGCGCGAGAGACUAGGAGGAGAGGAGAGGCAGCUGUGUCUACUACGGUGCCAAGAGAAAUGGAGGAUAGAGCAGAAGAGACGGGGAGAGGAAGACAAAAUCGAGAAAGAGGAAGUGCAAGACAAGCAAAACCCGUAUGUGUUUGAAGAUGAACAUUUCUCUACAGAAGUCAAGACAGAGCAAGGAAGAGUUGAUCUUCUCACGAAGUUCACAAAGAAGUCUGAGUUGCUUCGUGACAUUGAGAAUUACAGACUAGCCCUUCUUGUUGCUAAUCCAAACUCAUGUCAUUUUGAUGCUGACGCUGUCUUCGUUGUUACUCAAGGGCGUGGAACAAUCACAUUGAUCGAUGAAGAUAGCAGAGAGAGCUUCAACAUUGAACUUGGAGAUAUCGUCAGGGUUCGUGCUGGCACUCCUAUAUAUUUGAUCAACAGAGAUGACAAUGAGAAACUCCACAUCGUCGAGUUUUUCCGACCCGUUAAUCUUCCAGGCCAUUACAACGUAAAUCCUCUUUCUCCACAAUCAUAAUGUUUUAUAUAGA